AUGCUCAAUGAAACUCAAGCUUUAGUAUGGGUAGUUGUAUGGGCAUGGGUUGCUACCGCAGCUUCUACAGGAUGCCCAAAAACUUGCGAAUGUAAAUGGCGGGAUGGAAGAGAGAUGGUUGUGUGCCAAAACGCCAACUUUAUCGACAUACCUCGAGGGCUGGAGUCAACAACUCAAGUGCUUGACCUUCGACACAACAACUUGCGAAUUCUUCCGCGAGAUUCUUUUGCUUAUAGCGGCCUGUUGAACCUGCAGAAAUUGUGGCUAAAUUUUUGCAAUAUAAUGUGGGUUGAAAAAGGAGCUUUUAGGAAGCUAACCCACGUGAAAGAGCUGGACUUAAGCAACAAUUUCUUACGGGAUGUGCCCUCUGGCGCCCUUGCCGACAUCGCCAGUCUCCGUGAGCUACGACUUGCGCACAAUCAUCUAACUGUCCUUUCCGCCGCUGCUUUCCUGUUCUCGCUUGACCUGGUGGAACUCGACAUUAGUUACAACAAGAUAGAAAAAAUCGAAGAAAGGGCUUUACGAGUUCUCGGAAACCUAGAGAUCUUGAAUGUGGCAGGUAAUAGAAUUACUUUUUUAAAUUCAACUGAACUAAGACCCCUUCAGGUUUUGCGAGUAAUUAGGGUUGAUGACAACCCUUGGUACUGUGACUGCCGCCUUCGGCAACUCAGCCACUGGAUGCGGGAGCAGAAACUGACAGCAUCGACGCCUCCUUCGUGUUCGCACCCAAGCUGGCUCUACGGAUUAGACUGGCAGACUCUUGAUACCAAGCACUUCCUUUGCGCCCCGCAUGCAAUGGCUGUCGCCCCAAGAAUCUUAGCAACAGAUAGAGAUAAUGUUACACUUAUGUGCAAAGUCGAAGCGGAAGUAGAGGUAAUUAUCUCCUGGUUAGCUGACGAAAUCCCGAUACGUAACACAAAUAUGACACACCGCUAUAAAGUGAAACAAUCAGGAGAUCCUGAUCGCCAGCUCUAUGUGUCAAACUUCACAAUACUCAGUGUCGUGAAAGAGGAUCAGGGAGUAUACCGUUGCCUGGCAGAAAACAGAGCAGGGACCAGUGUGUGUGAUAUAAUAUUACAAGUGUCACAUGAAGUUGCUGAAGUACGCAGUGAAAAUGUGGAACAAAUCUUCAUGAGGCGGGGUUUGCUUGGAGCAGUAUCAAUAUUUCUCUUUUUGGUGUUCUUCCUAUGUAGUGCGAUGUACUGUAAAGCAAAGGAUCCUAGGUUACAAGUAUCUGAAGAGGACAAUCUGAGGACAACAAAGUUAACCAAAAAUUUACACGAGAAAUUAGGGCAACAUAACGUAGGUCAUGAUAGUAAGAGCAACACGCAAACGCAUGAUGCACAGUCAUGGGUCAUUAGUGAUUCGCCCUGUGAAAAAGUUCAAACUAGUGACCUUUCUACGGAAUCUAGGCAAGACCUCGCAACCCCCGACAAUGGUUCUCCCAAACAGCCCUUAUUCAUCGGCACAACAACAUCCUGUGUUGAAAAGAAAAAACAAGAGGAAACCGACAUUCAAACUAACAAAGAAGAUGAUAUGUAUCCCAAAACAUUCAGUGAAGAAAAUGUGUUUUCAGCAGAAUUCAAUCGCCCUCCUUCUCAUUCAUCGCUAGGAAACAUUAGCCAUUUCCCAGAUUUACUAGAUCUUCCUCAGUCGCGUCUUUCCGAUCUUGCGGCACCACAGCAGUACGAGCCGUUUCAACGUCCACAGGAAGAUCUGUCGCUGAGUACUCACAGGCCAUACUCCUCUUCCUCCAGACGAUUUGAUCGGGGCACGAUAAAACUACUGUUUGGUGGUAACCUUAAAACACAGACCUCAUCUAACGAGAGAAUGUCAAAUACUGAAUUUAACCCUAACGACGUAAACGAUACUUUGAGUGAAGGUGUCGCGUCCGGCAGGUGUCUUGUGGAUCAGCAGGCUGACCCGGUCGUCAUCCCGAUACUGCUGAACGGUAGUAGAGAUUAG